AUGACUCCUCCGAUAGCUGUCCAGUCGAAGACGCCAUCUUCUGUAAUAGGCUCCUUCGAGUCACGUCGGUCUGGUUUCCGGUCGAAGGGCAGUCCAAACUCGGCUUACCAUGCUCCCCGUGUGCUGCUUUUGAACCAUUGCUUGGAGCGUUUCGACUACACCUCUGGUCACAACACGACGGUGACAAAAGAAGAGUGGGUUGAGGAAAAGUUUCCGAACUACUGCUCAGGAAUGACUUAUUUUGCACCGCUUCCACUUAUUAGACGAAUGCUAAGAGCCGCAUACACGCAACGGUUCUUUUGGGUCGACGACGUUUUCAUUACUGGAGUACUCACAAAAGCAGCUAAUGUGACUCUUGUGAAUUUGAACAGAGAUGUAAUUCUUAUCCGCAAUCGAAAACCGGAAGAAUUCGCUAUAAGGGAGAACUUCUUUUUAACACGAAAACAAUAUAGGAGCUUUUGGUUCCAUGUGAUCAAUUAUAAACUGCUGGAGUGA